AUGAAUGUAUACAAUCAGUGGCGAUAAUUCUUAGAAUUUUUUUAUUCCUUAACGUAUAAUUUUUUCAAAAUAAUUGUUUAAAGUAUAAAAUUGAUCGUCUUAAAUAUUUUUAAAAUUUAUUUUAUCAAUAACAACAAUAAAAUUAGCUUUAAAAAUUAUUAGCCUAAAAUAUUAUUUUUUGACAUUUUUACACCAGGAAAUCAGAAUUAUGAGCACUAAAAAUAAUAAAAAUUAAAAUAUAUUUACGAGGCAUCAAGAGUCAACAUUGUAAGAUUAGUACAAGUCUACAACCAAAAUAUUAAAUCUAAUGCCCCUUCACCAUUAAUUUGA